AUGGCAUCAUCGUCGCCGGCAUCGUUUAUAUCCACUCGCCUGAAAGAAGAAUUUCAGGGCCUCAAUUCGUCGGACGGGCCCCUCUCUGGGGAGGAAGAUUAUGAAUGGGAUGAACUCGACGCGCUGGGUGAGUUAGCAACCCUUUCGGAAUCCCACCGCCAAUCCAUCAUUAAUACAGAGAUAAGCAAAGAAGAUGAUCUCGAAACAGAUCCUGUCCCCGUAUGCCAAUGGAACUUGUGCGGCAUCCAGCUCUCAGAUUUGAAGGAAUUGGUGACCCAUAUUUCUGAGGAUCAUGUCCAAAGAAGCACCGGUGCAAAAGCAGAUGUAACUCCCUGGGCAUGCGAAUGGGAGGGAUGUCCUAGGAAAAGCAUUCCACAUUCUUCCAGAAAUGCCCUGAUCAGCCAUAUGCGUGGACACACAGGGGAAAAGCCAUUUUCUUGUCCGAAAUGUCCUAAAAGAUUUCCCAGGGCAGAUGCGAUGCAAAAGCACAUAAGAAACCACCACCACCAACAACCUUUGCCUUUACCCUCAACAUCGACAUCCAAAUCUGGUUCAAAAAAAUCGGCAACAAAAAAAAAUUUCGCCGAUAGCUCUUCAAAAGCACCCGCCUCGUCAUCGCCGCUAGCCCCAAUGGACCCUAUCUCAGUAUCUUAUCCUGCAAGUAACGAUGCUGUAUCCUCUAUUUCAUUUGAGGCGCCAUCAUCAAGUAUUCCAUCAGAACUAUCACCACAGAAACUCCAGGAAAUUGGCACUUGGUUGGAAUCUGUUUUUGAUGGCAUGCCUCUUUUUACUGUAAGGGCUAAUCAUGAAACGGCCGAGGGCCAGUUUGACGAAAAAGAUGGUGAUUGUGCUAGUAAUGGCAGAAAUUUGAGUUUAUUGCAAGUAAGUUAUAACAGUGAAGAUAUUAACGACCUCGACAAGCGACUGCUGGCCCAGUAUUAUGUCUCCAUGCAAGAACGGCAUUUUCUCUUGUUCGAACUGCAGCAGAUGCAUGCAAAAGCAACUACAUUAGCGGCCCAGAUUACUGAGUGCCGGGGAGCCCUGGAUCGAUGGGGAAAACAAAAUGCCCACCUUUCAUCCCCAUGA